ACCGUGAUGCAAAGGCAAACUGCAUCCUUGACAGGGAGGCGCGGUGGGGUGUACCAAACACCCCCAGUUCACCUGCGUGAAGACAGUGUACUGAGGACUGGCCUGGUGACGAUUCCGGCUGGUGCCGUUACCAGAGGAAAUUGGCAGUCAGCCAGUGGCCUGACAAGGACCCAUUUGUUCUUGGCAAAGCCACCAGUGCACCUUCAGUCUGCUUCAGGGCUGCGUGGACGCUCUUGCUCUCUGUAGUCAUGGGGCCCAGAGGCCCUCGUUACUGGAACGUCCGUCAGACUACCCCUCAUGUCUGCUUUGCUGAGGACACACGGAACCGGGUGAGCAUACGAGCACUGGCCAUGCCUCAGUAGGACUCAUGGAGCCAGACAGAGGGAGGUGACCCCUGCUCCAGUUCCAGGGCAGGGGCAAUGGUGCCCCACGUGGUGUCCAGGUGGCCUGUGUGGCUCUUCAGGUGGCGGGCGGCCUACACCCCUGGAGCCUCUGUGCGGCAGAAGACAUGGGCGGGGAUGUCCAGGGCCCCCCUUUGGGGGAUCGUGGGCACCGGCCCCCUGGUUUGCAGACACAGCUCCUCCACGUCCUCCCGGGCCCCCGAGGUGAUGCUGACCCACAAGCGCUACCCUGUGCAGCGGCUGCCCUUCUCCGUGGUGUCUGAGGAAGACCUGGCCGCCUUUGAGCGCAUGGUCCCCGGCAGGGUCAUCACAGACCCUGAGGAGCUGGAGGCUUCAAACGUGGACUGGCUGAGAACCGUGCGAGGCUGUAGCAAGGUGCUGUUGAGGCCCCGGACAUCGGAGGAGGUAUCUCGCAUCCUCAGGUACUGCCAUGAGAGGAACCUGGCUGUGAACCCACAGGGAGGCAACACGGGCAUGGUGGGCGGCAGCGUCCCUGUCUUUGACGAGAUCAUCCUGUCCACUGCCCUCAUGAACCAGGUCAUCAGCUUCCACGACGUGUCUGGGAUCCUGGUUUGCCAGGCGGGGUGUGUCCUGGAGGAGCUGAGCCUGCACGUGGAGCAGCGGGACUUCAUCAUGCCCCUGGACUUAGGGGCUAAGGGCAGCUGCCACAUCGGGGGGAACCUGGCGACCAAUGCGGGCGGCCUGCGGUUUCUGAGAUACGGCUCGCUGCACGGGACCGUCCUGGGCCUGGAAGUGGUGCUGGCCGAUGGCACCAUCCUGGGCGGCCUCACCUCCCUGCGGAAGGACAACACGGGCUAUGACCUGAAGCAGCUGUUCAUUGGGUCGGAGGGCACCCUGGGGGUCAUUACCGCCGUGUCCAUCUUGUGUCCGCCCAAGCCCAAGGCCGUGAAUGUGGCCUUCCUCGGCUGUCCAGGCUUUGCAGAGGUUUUGCAGACAUUCAGCAGCUGCAAGGGGAUGCUGGGCGAGAUCCUGUCAGCGUACGAGUUCAUGGAUGCUGAGUGCAUGCAGCUGGUCGGGCACCACCUCCAACUGGCCAGCCCGGUGCAAGAAAGUCCGUUCUACGUCCUGAUAGAGACCUCAGGCUCCAGAGCUGAGCACGAUGCCGAGAAGCUGAGCAAUUUCCUGGAGCAGGUGCUGGGCUCCGGCCUGGUGACCGACGGGACCCUGGCCACUGACCAGAGGAAAAUCAAGGCGCUGUGGGCCCUGAGGGAGAGGAUCACGGAGGCAUUGAGCCUGGACGGCUAUGUGUACAAGUAUGACGUGUCCCUACCCGUGGAGAGGCUCUACGACCUCGUGACCGAGCUGCGUGCCCGCGUCGGGCCGCUGGCCAAGCACGUGGUGGGCUACGGCCACCUGGGAGAUGGCAACCUGCACCUCAACGUGACAGCGGAGGCCUUCAGUGCGUCGCUGCUGGGUGAGCUGGAGCCCUACGUGUAUGAGUGGACGGCGGGGCAGCAGGGCAGUGUCAGCGCCGAGCAUGGUGUGGGCUUCAAGAAGAAGGACAUCCUGGGCUACAGCAAGCCGCCCGAGGCCCUGCAUCUCAUGCAGCAGCUCAAGGCCCUGCUGGACCCCAAGGGCAUCUUGAACCCCUACAAGACGCUGCCCUCCCGGGCCUGAUGCGGCCAGGGGCGGUGGGAGAGGCGGGGUGGCCUCGGUCCAGUCUCUCUCUUGCUGUUGUGCCCAGAGGGCUAGCGUGGCUCAGGGCUCCCACCCGAUGGAGCCAGGCGUGGGGACCCUGCCCCCUGGUCACAGGAGCCAGGAGCUGGCUCUGUGCCCCCAGCACCCACUCCUGGGCACGAUCCCACCUGCAGCUGUGCAGGUUCUGUUGGGUGAGAGGAGAGGAGAACGCCGUCUGGUGCUACCCAUCUGCUCUGCCCAGCCUCUGGGGAGCACUUCCUGUCCGUUUGCAGAUGGGGAGCAGGGCCUCUGCCUGCAUGUCUUAGACACUUGUGCCCACUCGAAAACGGACCAGGUCGCACCUGCCUUGCUUGUGGGCCCCUGGGUCCUGCCUCAGCCCUGGGAGGGACACGGAGCUCCUGCUUCUGGGUCUGGGCAUUGCCAGCCCCCACAACCCCAGGCAGCAGUGACGACCUCCAUGUGAGCCGCCCAGAGCACCGAUCUCUCCCCGGGCUGUGACCACCAGAGGCUGGCUCACCAGGUACUUUACGGGUGACUUGCAAUGGCUGGCGGCUGGUCACUCUCAAACCAGAGUGACCGGAAUGCACUGUGCCUUGAAAUGUAUCAUUUCCCCCUUUUCUAGAAGGCUCAUCAGUUGGCAAGACAGUUGCCAGGGCUUAGGUGUGUAGUUCUUGCACUUGGCUGUUUGCUGUGAUGUCAGUCAGUCUUUCUGCUUCUCCAGUGGUGCCACCUGUGCCUGGGGAAGCCCCGACAGGCAUACGGCCCUCCUGCCUUCCUGCUUCUUCAGUGACCCUAAGUCGGGUCAUCCCUGUUGACCCACCGGGGCUGUCGGGACACAUGUUUCCUCGCUUGGGCUGUCACAAACUUCCAGUGAAAAUGGGAAUUAUCAGGACAAGCUCCCUGCUUCGGUUACUACAAAAUUAACCUCGUAAGAGCCCACAGUGCAGUACGUGUGCCAUAUGCCCUAAGCACCUGGACGUCGGCAGAUAGUCCCCUGGGCAUGAUGCUUGUUAGGGCAGCGUCCCCUUUCCUACACUCCGUCCCUGUCCCCCUCAUGUGACAGAGCCUUGUCUCAUUGGGCCCAUGAGGCUUAGUGUCACGUGGCUUUCCCAUGGUUGUCAGAGGCGGGUCAGUUCUUGUCUGUAGUGGCUGUCAAUAAUAGUUUUAUGACCAAGCAAGUUUAUUUUGGAGAAUUAAAGUAAUGCAUAAAAUA